CGAGUCCUUUUGUCCAAGAUGGCGGCGCCGGGGGCGCUGCCUCCUCGGCCGCCGCUGCCGCCGCCGCCGCUGUGAAGGGCCCGCGGGCCGCCCGCCCGCCCGCCGCGCCGCGCCAUGAAGAGGCAGAGCGAGCGAGACUCCAGCCCGAGCGGGCGCGGCUCGUCCUCGUCGGCCAAGCGGCCGCGGGAGCGCGAACGGGAGGCGGAGGCGGGCGGGCGGCGGGCGGCGCACAAGGCCUCGGGCGGCGCCAAGCACCCGGUCCCGACGCGGACCCGCGACAAGCCCCGCGGCAGCGGCGGCGGCGGCGGCGGACACCGCGACGGACGCGGCGCGGGGGACGCGAACCAUCGGGCGAGCGGCGGCCGCUCCUCCGCCUCGGGCGCCGGCGGCGGGGGGCGCGGGGCCAAGGCCUCGGGGGACCCGGGGGUCUCGGGCGCGUCGCCCCGGGCGUCCCCCCUGCCGCCGCCGCCGCCGCCGCCGCCGCCGCCGCCCGGAGCCGAGUCCGCCGGGCCCGGCUCGUCGGCCGCCGCCCCCGAGUACAAGACGCUGCUCAUCAGCAGCCUGAGCCCCGCGCUGCCCGCCGAGCACCUGGAGGACCGGCUCUUCCACCAGUUCAAGCGCUUCGGCGACAUCAGCCUGCGCCUGUCGCACACGCCCGAGCUGGGCCGGGUGGCCUACGUCAACUUCCGGCACCCACAGGACGCGCGCGAGGCGCGGCAGCACGCGCUGGCCCGGCAGCUGCUGCUGUACGACCGGCCGCUCAAGGUGGAGCCCGUGUACCUGCGCGGCGGCGGCGGCGGCGGCGGCCGCAGGAGCAGCAGCAGCGCCGCCACCUCCACGCCGCCGCCCGGGCCGCCCGCGCCCGCCGAGCCGCUGGGCUACCUGCCGCUGCACGGCGGCUACCCGUACAAGCAGCGCUCGCUGUCCCCGGUGGCCGCCCCGCCGCUGCGCGAGCCCCGCGCCCGCCACGCCGCCGCCGCCGCCUUCGCCCUGGACGCCGCGGCCGCCGCCGCCGUGGGGCUGUCCCGGGAGCGCGCCCUCGACUACUACGGGCUGUACGACGAGCGCGGGCGGCCCUACGCCUACCCGGCCGUGGGCGACGACGACCUGAUGCCCGAGGACGACCAGCGCGCCACGCGCAACCUGUUCAUCGGGAACCUGGACCACGGCGUGUCGGAGCUGGAGCUGCGCCGCGCCUUCGAGAAGUACGGCAUCAUCGAGGAGGUGGUCAUCAAGCGGCCGGCCCGCGGCCAGGGCGGCGCCUACGCCUUCCUCAAGUUCCAGAACCUGGACAUGGCGCACCGGGCCAAGGUGGCCAUGUCGGGGCGGGUGGUGGGCCGCAACCCCAUCAAGAUCGGCUACGGCAAGGCCAACCCCACCACCCGCCUCUGGGUGGGCGGCCUGGGGCCCAACACCUCUCUGGCCGCGCUGGCCCGCGAGUUUGACCGCUUCGGCAGCAUCCGCACCAUCGACCACGUCAAGGGGGACAGCUUCGCCUACAUCCAGUACGAGAGCCUGGACGCGGCCCAGGCCGCCUGCGCCAAGAUGCGGGGCUUCCCCCUGGGCGGCCCGGACCGCCGGCUGCGGGUGGACUUCGCCAAGGCGGAGGAGGCGCGCUACCCGCAGCAGUACCAGCCCGCGCCGCUGCCCCUGCACUACGAGCUCCUCGCCGACGGCUACGUGCGGCACCGCGGCCUGGACGCCGACCUGCGCGUGCGGGACCGGACCCCCCCGCACCUCCUGUACUCGGACCGGGACCGGACCUUCCUGGAGGGCGACUGGGCCAGCCCCGCCAAGAGCUCGGAGCGCCGCAACAGCCUGGAGGGCUACACCCGCUCGGUGCGCAGCAGGAGCGGCGAGCGCUGGGCAGACGCGGAGCGGGGGCUGCCCAAGGCCUGGGACGAGCGGCGCAAGCGCAGGAGCCUGUCCAGCGAGCGCGGGCGGGCCGCCCACUCCCCCUACGAGGAGCGGAGCAGGACCAAGGGCGGUGGGCAGCAGGCCGACAGGGGCUGUGACCGCACCCCUGAACGCAGCCGCAAGGAGAACCACGCGGGCGAAGGGACCAAGGACGCGGGCAGCAACUCCCUCGGCAACAGCAGGCACGGGGCCGAGGAGCGGAGCCAUCACCACCACCACGAGGCCCCCGACUCUUCCCACGGGAAGAAGACCCGGGACAGCGAGCGCAAUCAUCGGACCACGGAGGCUCAGCCCAAGCCUGUGGAAGAGCCGAAACACGAGACCAAAAAGCUCAAGAAUCUUUCCGAGUACGCCCAGACACUGCAGCUGGGCUGGCAUGGGCUGCUGGUGUUGAAAAACAGCUGCUUCCCCACGUCUAUGCACAUGCUGGAGGGAGACCAGGGCGUCCUCAGCGGCCUCCUCAAAGACCACAGCUCCGGGAGCAGGCUGACGCAGCUGAAGAUCGCGCAGCGCCUCCGCCUGGACCAGCCCAAGCUCGACGAGGUCACACGGCGCAUCAAGCAGGGCAGUCCCGACGGCUACGCCGUGCUGCUGGCCACCCAGGCCGUCCCCGGCGCCUCGGCCGAGGCGAUGCCCACGGUGGAGCCCGGCCUGCAGCGGCGGCUUCUCAGGAACCUUGUCUCCUACUUGAAACAGAAGCAGGCCGCGGGGGUGAUCAGCCUGCCGGUGGGUGGGUCCAAGGGCAGAGACUGCACGGGCAUGCUGUACGCCUUCCCGCCCUGCGACUUUUCCCAGCAGUACCUCCAGGCGGCACUGAGGACACUGGGCAAGCUCGAGGAGGAGCACAUGGUGGUCGUGAUCGUGAGGGACACUGCGUAGCCCAAACCUGCCUUUUCCAUUUCCGUGUGUGUCAGUCCCAGAGCAGUCGGUUUAAGGUCGGACCCUCCACCCUGUCCUUCCCCUCGGUUUGGUUCUCUGCAGGGCGGUUUUGGUUCGUUUGAUGGGACCAAGGCCGUGCCCGCCGAGAUGAAGUUACUAGAUUUGGGGGCUUGUUCUUUUUUUUUUUUCUUUUUUCUACAGCUAUGAGAAGGGAUUCUUGUCAUGUUGGUUUCUAGUGUACAAGGUAACUGUGUUCUGUAUGUUUAUUUUUUGACUAACUGUAUGGAAAGCUGUCAGUAAAGCCUUUGUCAGAGGACAGAUUUUU